CCUUCUGAUUAUGACAGCUAACUUAGCUUUAGAUAGUACAAAAUCGCUUGCAAAGUUGGUUAUUACUUUAAAUACAUUUCACCGGACUCAACAAUUAAUUACCAAGGUGUUCACAUGUGUCCACAGGCCGAUUGGCAAAGAGAGUAGCAAGACCAAGUAGCGUUAGGAUGUCAAACUGUGUUGCGCUGCAAACUCAUCUGGCGUCGGUCAUGGAGACUUUAGUUCACGCUGCUAUUGCUGAAAUGUGCAAACUUGUGGAGGAAGGAUCUGUCUUUUUAUUGAAUCUGGAACUCACAAAGGAACAGAUGGCAAACGAGGAGCUAAAGUGUAAGAUGCAAACGGAGAGUGAAGUGAAGAUGACUCAGUUUGCCUCAAUUAUGGAAGUCUUGGGAAACGAGGCGCUUGGGAAGAUCAUCAAGUUGGUGAAUGAAACAAAGUUUUUCCUGGAUAUGGAAUGCAAGACUUUCCAAGGCAAAAAUGCGAAACCUGGUUGCUUCCUCAACAUUUUAUCACUUGGUGGAAUGGAGGAGGAGCAUUCAUACGAUGGCUGUGGAAGAAGUGCAGAUUUGGCUCCUGAUGAUGUUCCAGAUGAGAAGCCAGAAAGACCUGAAUCUCCCUUGGUUAUGGCCGUCACCAUCCGGGACGACUUUGGCAAGAUUGACCUGGGAAAGCUUGCAGCGAGCGUGCUGGAUCCCAGUUCCAAAGAAGCCCUGUGUGCGGACGAGCAGAACGGCGGCGACGGGAAUGCCGAGAACCUGGAGGGCUUCACGGGCAUCGUCAGCAGCUCGGGCAAGAAGAUCCUCAUCUGCACGGAGUGCGGCAAGAGCUUCCCCACCGUCGGCAAGCUGCGCUCCCACCAGCGCGUCCACACCGGCGACAAGCCCUUUGGCUGCGAGCUGUGCGGCAAAGCCUUCGCCCACAAGCAGAGCCUCAGCGUGCACCAGAACGCGCACAGCGGCCACAAGCCCUUCGCGUGCGACGUGUGCGGCAAGUCCUUCAGCAAGGCCUCCCACUUGAAGACCCACCAGAUCGUCCACACGGGCGAGAAGCCCUUCUCGUGCGAGGAGUGCGGGAAGAAGUUCAACCUGGCGCAGAACCUGGCGCGCCACCAGCUGGUGCACACGGGCGAGAAGGUCUUCAGCUGCCCCGUCUGCCAGAAGCGCUUCACGCGCGCCGUCACCCUCAAGAGCCACCAGCUGAUCCACACGGGCCAGAAGCCCUUCAAGUGCGACUCGUGUGGCAAGACUUUCAGGCACGCCGUCAACCUGAAGAUCCACAAGCGCAUCCACAUGGACGUGCGGCCUUACUCGUGCGAGCUGUGCGGCAAGACUUUCCGGCAGUCGGUGAACCUCAAGAUCCAUCAGCGCAUUCACACGGGGGAAAAACCGUUCACGUGUAAGGAGUGUGGGAAGAGCUUUAGCCAGCAGAGCAGCCUGGUCUCCCACAAACGCACACACUCUGGAGAGAGGCCCUUUGGCUGCAACUUCUGCGACAAGCGCUUCAACAACACGAACAGUUUGAAGUUGCACGAGCGCACGCACACUGGCGAGAAACCGUACACUUGCGAGGCCUGCGGCAAGACGUUCAGCCAGGGCAGCCACCUGCGCACGCACAAGCGGCACGUGCACGCCGGCGGCAAGCAGUUCAUCUGCGACAAGUGUGGGAAGAGGUACUCGGACCCGCGCAACUUGAAGUUGCACAAGUGCGUGUACGCUUGAUCCGGACUGUGUUUUGCUGAGUGAUGACACUGUCCAUAUUCACAUAUUUCAUUUAGUCUGUACUCUGUAUAGAAAUUUCCCUUUUUAAGUGGAUCUGCUUUUGCUGCAGGGCUGGGGCAUGGAUUUCAAUUAGACUAAUGUCUGAUGUUGUUGACCCAUGACAUAACCAAAGCCUUUUCCCCUUUACUGCUUAGCUCUUCUGUUUGUCUGCACCUCCCUUUACCUUAUAAAUGCUGUCGUCUGGUGUGCACAAGAAUUCUUUUGGAGUUGGUUACACUGAGAACAGCGUAAAUAAAUAUUGGUGCCGUCUAGAAGGCAGGGAUGCACACGAUUCAGAAUCAUGCAUUAGCAAACACCGGGAAUACCAGGCUUUUUUUAUGCAAUACAGAAAAACUGUUACCGUAGACCAAUGAAAAAAGGUAUUCUUAAAACCACAUAUAUGAAAUGGGAUGCAUGGCAUAUGUCUUGCUAGUUCACAAUCCCUUCUGCUCCUGCCUCAAGAGAUGUAAAUGACUACUGGUUCAUGGAAUUCUGGUUAGGCCCUUGUAUGUAACUGGAGUUUCAGGUGUAGGAAAGCUUAUUUAUGUCCUACAAAUGUUGGAUUUCUUUUGGAAGCUUUUAUUUUAAAAGCAUUUUGGAAGUUUGAAUAUCAUUGCUGUGCAGUAGAGAUUUACCUGUAAAUGAAUUUCAGUGUGAGGUUGCCAUUGUCAGGUGACUAACACCAUUCUGUAAAAGAUUAGAGAUCAUGCUUAAAUUUUUGGAUGACAUUAGCUGAAUGAUGAAUGAUAACUGUUUUUUUCUUUUCUUUUCAGGGAAUGUCUUGAUUUUUCUGUCAUACUAUGAUUAGUUGAGACUAAUAUGGGUUUUUCAUUUUCUUUUUAUUUCAAUUGCAAAUCAACGAGCCAUGGGAAAUUGGAAUUUCAGAUGAAUUGUGUGGCAAAAUAAAUUGAGUAUUGUAUUAUACAAUUGACAUUCUAAUUAUUUGGUGUGUCGU